AUGCCAGCUGAUAUAUAUAGUGUUUGGGGGCCAUUCAAAACUGAUCACGCGGAUAUUAUUUUUAAGAAAAAACUUCAAGCAGGUACCUCCCAGUUUUUAGAUGAAUUGGGUACAACCUACCAAAAUUGUAUAGUAGAAGCGUUUGAGGAUCAUCUUCUCAGGUAUUUUUAUUAUCGUUUACAAAACAUAUUCGUGCGGUUAUGGAUCCUUAUUCCAUUAAACUUAUUUCAAAAGAGUGUUGCUAUCAGUACGAAUGCCAAGGGUAACUCUUCGAUGUCAGCUACUCCCGAAAAGGCAUACAAAUGCUUGGAAUAUAUAUUAAAGCAAUAUGAACAAAAUCGUAAUCAAUAUCAUCCAUUUGAUGUUCAAGGUCUACCUCUUCCGAGACUCUUCUCGAUUUUACCAAGCCUACGAUGCACUGGCGCUUUAAAAAAAUAA